AUGAAUAGACGGAAGAACGAUUUCUUGGUUCGCCCUAAAAGAAUUCGAUGCUACACACAAUUAUCCACGCUUCCCAUCGAUCUCAUCAUUGAGAUACUCUCAAGAUUACCUAUGAAUUCCAUCGCAAUAUGUCGUCUCGUGUCGAAGCAAUGGGCUUCCAUACUUCAAAGUUCAGAUUUUACGGAAUCGUUCCUCAUAAAGUCACCGCCUCGACCACGUCUUUUGUUCACCAUCCGAUACGGCAGCAAGUGGCAUCUCUUCUCAGCCCCUCAGCCUCGGAAUUUUGAUGAGAACUUCCCUGUUGUGGCAACAGACUAUCAUAAGGGUUUUUCAGGAAAUUGGUGUAUGCAAAGUUUUCAGUUGGUUAAUGGAUUUAUCUAUCUGAACAAUAGGCUGAGUUUAAAGGGAAAGAUAGAUAGGGUUUCUGUUAUAUGGAACCCUAGCACGGGUCAGCAAAUACCUUUACCUGACUUGGGAGUGAAGAAUAGUCAUUCGAAAAGCUUUUUCGGGUAUGAUCCUAUCGAGAAACAGUUCAAGGUUUUGUGUAUAACAUCCUCCAAAGAGCAUCAAGUUCUUACACUAGGGACUGGAAGAAAACUUUCGUGGAGAAAGAUUGAAUAUUCGUAUCCGCAUUACCCUCGGAAAAAGAGCAAUGGGAUAUGCAUCAACGGGGUUUUAUAUUACAGAAAUACUAAUGCUAUGAUAGUUCGCUUCGAUGUUAGGUCUGAGGAAUUUCGUUUUGUAGAAAUAAAAAUGUACGUCGAGAUUUUGAGUCUAAUAAACUACAAGGGAAAACUAGGUGUGCUUUUUCCUAACACUGAUCUUGCUCAGCUAUGGGUUCUAGAUGACACCAACAAAGUGGAAUGGUCCAAGCACAACUUCGUUUUUCCAGAUACAACUUUUGAGGCUAUAAGGGCAACUGAUACGGGUGAAAUGUUUUGUGCGUCAAGUUGUUGGCGCGAUUCACUCUAUGUUUCCUACUAUGAUUUAGAGAAAGAGAGUGUUAAGAAAGUUAAAAUCAAAGGAAUUGAAGACAAGUUAUCGAUAGGUAAGCAUCACGCUAACGAAUUCUUCAUCUUUCCAAAUCAUGUUGAAAAUGUGAUGGUUCUGUAA